AUGUCCCACCAGCCACUCAGCUGCCUGACAGAAAAAGGGGACAGUCCUAAUGAAAGCCCAGGAAAUGGACCCCCUAAUCGGGCUCAUCCAAACCUGGACACCUUCACCCCAGAGGAACUGCUAGAGCAGAUGAAGGAGCUCCUUGUUGAGAACCAUCAGCUGAAAGAGGCCAUGAAGCUAAAUAAUCAAGCUAUGAAAGGGCGGUUUGAGGAGCUUUCUGCCUGGACAGAGAAACAGAAAGAAGAGCGCCAGUUCUUUGAGAUCCAAAGCAAAGAAGCCAAAGAGCGCUUAAUAGCCUUGAGUCAUGAAAAUGAAAAAUUGAAGGAGGAACUUGGACAACUUAAAGGGAAAGCAGAAAGGUCAUGUGAGAACUCAACUGGUGACUCUAAGGUUCCCAAGGCAGAGCCAGAGCAGGAAAUGGAGCAGCUGAAGACACAGGUGGUUCGCCUGCAAGCUGAAAAAGCAGAUCUGCUGGGCAUCGUAUCUGAAUUACAGCUCAAGCUGAACGCAAGCGGCUCCUCUGAAGACUCCUUUGUUGAAAUUAGAAUGGCUGAAGGAGAAGCAGAUGGAGCAUUAAAAGAAAUCAAGAAUAGUCCUGGUCCCAUAAGAACUGACUCCACUGACAGGUAGGUGAAGGUUUAGGGCUUGACAUUGUCUUAAUAUAGGAGCAAAUCUGCAGAAGAAGCCAGGAAUUAUUUGGAAUUUGAGGAAUUAACUGUGAGCCAACUCCUGCUUUGUCUAAGAGAAGGAAACCAGAAGGUGGAGAGACUUGAAAUUGCGCUCAAGGAAGCCAAAGAAAGAAUUUCAAAUUUUGAAAAGAAAGCAAAUGAUCAUGUUGAGAUGGAGACCCAGACCGAGGGCAGCACAGACGCAGAGAAAGAAGAGGAGAAAGACACAGAGACUGUUGGAAGUGAAGUGGAAAUGCUGAACCUUCAAGUGACGACCCUGUUUAAAGAGCUUCAAGAGGCUCAUACUAAACUCAGUGAAGCAGAGCUCAUGAAAAAAAGACUUCAAGAAAAGUGUCAGGCCCUUGAAAGGAAAACUUCUGCAGCCCCAUCAGAGUUGAAUGAAAAGCAAGAACUUGUAUAUAAUAACAAAAAGUUAGAGCUACAAGUGGAAAGCAUGCGCUCGGAAAUCAAAAUGGAACAAGCUAAAACAGAGGAUGAAAAAGCCAAAUUUGCCGCUCUACAGUUGACACACAACAAGCUUCUUCAAGAGCACAGUGAAGCAUUGAAAACAAUUGAGGAACUAAAAAUGAAAGAAGCAGAGCAAGUGGACAAGGCAGUACUGCAGGAACUAAAGGAGAAACUGGAACUGGCAGAGAAGGCCCUGGCUUCUAAGCAGCUUCAACUGGAUGAGAUGAAACAGACCAUUGCCAAGCAGGAGGAGGACCUUGAAACCAUGACUGUCCUCAGGGCCCAAAUGGAGGUUUACUGUUCUGAUUUUCAUGCUGAAAGAGCAGCGAGAGAGAAGAUUCAUGAAGAAAAGGAACAACUGGCAUUGCAGCUGGCAAUUUUGCUGAAAGAAAAUGAUGCUUUUGAAGAUGGAGGCAGGCAGUCCCUGAUGGAGCUGCAGAGUCGUCACGGGGCCAGAACAAGCGACCCAGAUCAGCAGGCUUAUCUUGUUCCAAGAGGAGCUGAGGAUAGAACCUGGCGGCAGCAGCAACAAAGGAAUAUUCCAAUUCAUUCUUGCCCCAAAUGUGGAGAAGUUCUGCCCGACAUAGACACACUGCAGAUUCAUGUUAUGGACUGCAUCAUUUAA